AUGCUCACGAAGCCCCGCACUAAUUCCAUGACUGAGGUCGGCUUUAUCUCCAGCUACAGGCGGUUGAAUAUGGCCUUGACCCGGGCUAAGAAGCUCCUUAUCGUGGUCGUGACCCUGAGAAUCUGGAACGCAGAAUUUGUCACGGCCGCAAAGAAAGGCUCUUCUCGCUAUCUGGCGGGCUUCCUGAAGGAUGCUGUUGACAAAGGCGACAUUUUGAGAUGGGUCAACCGAGAGACCGUGGAAAGGGCCUUUGACUCUACUCAGCCACAGAAGAUGGCCGCUGCAUCCGGCUCAACUCCUCGAACACAAAAGAAGGAGCAGCGUACCGAUGCCAGCAUCACCCGGAGCGCCAGGGCAGUGGAUGAUGAGGUCGCCAAGGCCACUUUGCAGAUAGAGCGGAUGGAAUUGGAUGACAGCAUCGAGGCCGAACGAAAGGCCCUGGAUGUAGAGAUGAAAAAGAUAGAAGCCCGGCGGAACAGCCACAAUGCUCGACAGAACGCUCUGGAUAUAAGACAGGAGGCUCUGGUUGUAAAGUGGAAGGAGAUGGAAGCCCCGAUGAACAGAAUCAUUGCUCGGCAUGAUGCCCUGGAGGCCCGGAGUGCACAGAGGGCGAAGGAUAAGGCUGCUCUGCAAUGGGUAGUAGAUCGGGCCUCCAAAAAGCCGGCCUAA